AUGUCUGAUCCGCUUUCUGUGACAGCGAGUGUUGUCGGAAUUGUAGGCGCACUGUUACACGGCUCUAAGCGACUCUAUGAAUUUAUUGACUCCCUCCAAAAUGCCCCAAAGGAUGUCGCCGCGCUAUCGACCGAUUUGAGAGCCCUGUAUGAGAUCCUUGCCCAUAUCACGAAUAUCCAGGAUAAACUAUCUGGCCACCUCGACCUCUGCGCCAGCAUAAAAGCGCCCUUGGAAAAUUGUUUGAACAUAUUUGACGAGUUCACUUCCUUGCUGCAGGGCUUCACCCAGACCUCAAGAAAUGGGACCGUCCAAGUCCGAGUCUGGAAGCAAAUGGCCUGGGCAUUCAGAGAUAAGGAAAUCCAGCUUUUCAGGGACACGAUUACGGCAUAUAAAGUAUCGUUAGAUAUGGCGUUGAGUGUUAUGACAUUUUCUACUAUUGCAUCAAUAAACGAACGCACCAAAACAUUCGAAACAGACUUCAAAGAGGAGUUCAAACACAUCAAGCCAAGAUUACAAGCUUUAGAUAACGAUCGUAUCGAAUUGGCUAGUGUCGCAGGCUGUAAAGGCUCUGAAUGGUAUGGAACAGAGGCCAACUUUGCAAUGAAGCGUUUUCUCGAGUAUACAGAAUCAUUCUGUGACUCACCUCCAGCAUCGUUCCCUGGAUCCCCGACUUUAGAUCAUUCUAAAGCCUGCGAUGAGCUCGAUACACAACAUAGGUCGCCAGGUACAGCAUCAUCACGCCAACUCAACGACAACAACAGCACAGUACCAUCCAAUGGAAAGAAAUACGUGGGGUUAUUUAGUGAAACAGACCAUCCUCAGUUUAUCGUCUAUCCAUUCAAUUCUGAUUUACCAAAGGAUGAAGAAACCAUGCCAAUGUGGCAGGAAAAUUCAAUGCUGGGACCGGCAGAUACAUUCGUCGAUUUAGAGUCUGGGAGCCCUUCUAACACUCAGCCUGGCGCCAAGACCCCGGACCCAGCCACGAAUCAAGACAAGCAGGCGGACCAAUCGUCUACGAACAAUGUUGCUUCUCCCAAAGCCUCCCUUGAGUCGACACAUCACGAAGUCAAGGCCCAAAUACCUACUGCCCCAAUACCCAGACCGAUAAACAUCUACAGCAAAAGUGGAUUUGACGCCCUCAAGGUACUCAUGCUGGCUAUCACUCGGAAGAAUUCCCAAUUCGAUAUCGGCCAAAUCGACAUGUCAUGUUCCUUUGUCGUCUGCGAUAUUACGCUUGAAGACUGUCCUAUAGUUUACGUCUCUGACAGCUUUCAGACUCUGACGGGGUAUAGUCGACAUGAGGCUCUUGGUAGAAACUGUCGGUUUCUCCAAUCGCCAGACGGCAAGGUUGAAAGAGGUUCCCCAAGGCCAUAUGUGGAUGACGGUACUGUGUACAGCCUCAAGACAAAUGUGGAGGAGAAAAGAGAAACACAGAUAAGCAUGAUCAACUAUCGGAAGGGAGGUAAGCCAUUCUUGAACUUCCUUAGCAUUAUCCCUAUACCCUGGGAUACGGACGAGAUUCGUUACUAUGUUGGUUUUCAGAUAGACUUGAUUGAGCCUCCCACUGUAUUCAUGCCAGGAAACAUAUGGACACAGUUAUAA